GUUAAAUAAAAGGGAGGCCAGUCGGGUCGGGUGACCUUGUUUCGGUUAGCGAUCGGCAUCCUUGUUAGGAUUUCUAUUGUGCCAUGAUAGUAUAUAGCAUCAAGUUACCGAGUAAGUCGGUGUUUACUUCAAGACUUUCUUUGUAGGUCGGAAGCAAGGCAAAGCAUAUCGUAACCCAUCAUGAAGGUGUUCCCUACAUUCGUCUAUCUCCUCGCCGGAGCCGUAGCAGCCGCCGCGUUGCCGGCUGAGAAGUCCGCUGUCUUCGGCAUGUCCAAGAUAACAUGGACAGGCCAAGUCAAGCCAGGCGAGCCAGCCGUAUCUAUCACGGGCACCGCAGAGGAAAUUUACAAGCGGAUUACAAAAAUCAAUCCGAAUUAUGAUUAUGAGCUGGGUUUGAAAAGCCCCAACUCGACUGUGACUCGACGGGAUCUUGAACCAAUUAAGAAACGAGCGACAACGUCAAGUGACUUCACAUGCGCUUACGGCAACGACGUCGACGCCGAGUCGAUCGGCGUCGGAAUCAGAUAUCUGUACAGCAUUGCCAACGCGGACUGCGCUGCGCCCCCUGGGGUUCCUGGUGAUGGCGGAUGUAGUGUCAGCAGCUGCAAUGACGGCGCCGGCAUAUUCCUAUGCAACGACGCCAGUAGCGAAUUGCAUAACCCUUGCACCAUUGUCGCCGAUAAUGCUGUUGAGGUCUUGAUCCAAUGCCAGUCGACUACCUAUAACGGCGGUAGUAGCUGGACCUCAUAUACCCAUGGACAAAUAUUCUCUCUGGACCACAGUUGGAACGUCAUACUUAACAAAUGUUAGGAGGUAUGAUUUAAGAUCCCAAGAUGUUUGAUAGCCACAGUACAUUCUAUCAAAACCCUCCAUUGGCAGUAGGUAAUUAUUCGAGUGCUUCAAGGGUCGUGUAUAUAUUCAAAUUGUAUUAGUUAGUUAUUCCAGUAUAUACAGUUG